AUUUACACCUCCGCGGACGGCGGAUCACCAUGUCCCUCCCUCUUCGACCUUUUCCCAAUCCGAUCACCUCUAACCGCAGGUCUCGCAGCCGGUGGCACGUGCCAUGUCAAGUGGUUCUAAGCCGAAAGUAGCAGUCUCAAUCCGAGAAAAGCUUGGAAGGUCACAAUCCCCUAUUGUCUUAAUCGUUACCUCCUCCCGCACCCCAAGCAAACCUUUUAUAAUCACCACUAUCCCCUAUUGUCUUAAUCGUUCUCUAUUCCUUCCUCCCCCUCCACCCUCAGCCUCCCAGACACUGUUCCGAUUGUAUUCUUGUCACUUCUUCCCCUGCCAGAGACCAAAGCGGCUAUCUCAGGAAUAUCGUCAAGCAGGUCGUCGUUUGGAUUAUGAUCUUCGUGGUUCUUGAUUGGGUGCUCAUGAUGCUUGUUUUUUAAUGUUCUACAUAAGCUGUAACCAUAUGUAUAUAGCAGUUUUCGUGGAUAGAUCCACUCGUGCGGUAAUUCUCGUAGUGUCCUUAGCUGCUAUCUGGUCAGGAAAUUUUCAUCAAUUGUGGAGCAGUCUCGGAAGUAAUUCAACUAUCAAGUUUCAGAUGUUCAUGAUUUGCAUAUGACCUUUUUUCCAUUGGGAGAUCCUUGAUGCUGAAUUGACACCCCUUGCAGAAUGUCCUUAGCUUCUAUCUGGUCAGGAAAUUUUCAUCAAUUGUGGAGCAGUCUUGGAAGCAAUUCAACCAUCAAGUUUCUCAGGUUAAGUACUAAAUGUGUCCCUGACAAAUCAUUUGAUGCUAGGAGAUGCCCACUACGACAGUUGACAAAUGUAGUAGAAGAACUGAGACAGGAGCCACAGAGUUUUAUUACAUCAUGUGGCUGCCAUGACUGGAGACUUGAGAAAGUGACAAUUGCGUCAACAACAAAUUUGAAUACCCAUCAGCAAGAAAUUCAUGAACUUAAAGCUGUUCAGUGUUACAAUAUCCAAGAAAGUACUCUCAAGAAAUCUGUUGACCGUCCUGCAACUAUCCUCGUUUUUGAUAUUGAAACCACUGGGUUCAGUCAUCAAAAUGAAAGGAUUAUUGAGUUUGCACUUCGUGAUCUUAUUGGUGGCAAGAACAGUACAUUCCAAACCCUUGUAAAUCCUGAAAAAGAUGUACUGAAUGCAUUUGUUCAUGGAAUUGACACAUCUAUGGUCAACAGGCGUGAUGUCCCAACAUUUAGGGAGUUGCUUCCUGUCCUACUUCAAUAUGUUCGGAGCCGCCAAGUGGCAGGAAGGCCGGUUUUGUGGGUUGCUCACAAUGGACGUAAGUUUGAUGUACCUUUCAUCAUCAAAGAAUUCCAGCGCUGUUUGGUGGAGAUUCCAGCAGAUUGGAUGUUUGUUGACACUCUUCCUCUUGCACGCCAAUUGAUGAAGCCAGAUGGAACAAAGCUUACUUCCUCCUCAUUAAAGGCACUACGUGAGCACUACCAAAUUCCUUUGGUUGGACCAGCACACAGAGCAAUGCAGGAUGUCACGACACUCUGCUACGUGCUCCAGAAAAUUACUUUCGAUCUAAAACUGUCUAUUCCUGAGCUCAUGGAUAGAGCUUUCCGGGCUUCGGACUUUGUGAAACUUCCUCUUGAGAAAUAAGAUGGAGGUGUCCAACUCAAAAGCAAAACUAAAAAACAUGCGUUAGUUAUUAACCUUAACUCUGGAAUCAUUGUUGUAUCUGUCACCAUUCAAUAGGUGGUUUCUGGUAAUUUUCCUCAUUACCAUUAUGGUAAUGAAUUUAUUUAUCA